AAAAUUGUAUUGGCAUGUUCUUUAAUGUCAAACUGGAAUAAAAUUUAAGUGCACAACCAAGGGAAGGCGUACAAAAAUUAUACGCAAUUAUUCGUAAAAAAUGAGUAAGGAGCAUUUUUCAAAAGUUUUGGAGAACUUGAAUUCAUUAAGAAAAUCAUCUAAAUUAUGCGAUGUCAGUUUCUCCGUUGAUGGUGACAUAAUCGAGGUCCAUAAGGCCAUAUUGGCCGCUAGUAGCCCUUAUUUUCAUGCAAUGUUCACUGCAGGACUCAGGGAGUCCAAUCAGCAGGUCAUACAUAUGCAAGGGGUCACUUCAGAAUCCAUGAAAUUGCUGGUAGAUUUCGUAUACGGCGAAAACAUAAAAGUUACUUGCGAAAAUGUUAAAAACCUUCUUAUGGCCGCAGAUAUGUUAGAAAUACACGAAGUCGUUUACAUGUGUUCGAGAAAUAUUCUAAAGAAUUUGGAUAAUUCGAAUGUUCUCGAAAUUUAUUGUUUUGCAGAUGAUCAUAAUUUAAUAUAUUUAAAAAAUGCGACGUUACUGUACGUUUGUCACAAUUUUUCGAAAAUACGUGUACAAGAAAAUUGGCUUCGCUUAACAAAAUAUCAAACAAUUGAAAUUCUUGCGUCUGAAAACUUAGUUUUGGAUUCUGAACAGGAGGUUCUCGAAGCGGCCAUGAAAUGGCUUAGGCAAAACGAAACCGAAGUACAAAAAGACAUCUACGACGUUUUAAAACAAGUGCGAUUUCUACUUUUUCCUAUAGAGGUGGUAGAAAACUAUAUUGAGAAAUGUUUUGAACCAAAAUUGCGAAAUGCCUUGAUAACCAUUCACGUUGAUCUCACAUCGGAAAACAGCAACCUAAUUCGUUUACAACAGGGCAAACCACGGUUAAGAAAACAAAUUUAUGCUCUUUGCGUGGACAAUUAUAGGCCCCAAAAAUUGUUCGGACAUGGCCAGCAAGAAGAAAACUACAUUUUCAAAAGAUUCAACAGUCUUACGGAAGAAUGGACCGAAGUGCCAACAAAAGUGAAAUGUCCGGUUAUUGCCCAAAUCGCAACCCUGUACGGCAAUAUUUACGCUAUAGGUUCGGACAGUACCUGUUCCUACUGUUACAUGUAUAACACAAACGAAAAUUUGUGGAUUAAAAAGUCGAAUUUAAUGUUACCUAGAUGCGAAUUUGGUUUGUGUUCGUUAAAAAACACCCUGUGUGCAAUUGGGGGAUGGACCAGGGGCGAAAUCGACCAAACAAUAGAGACUUACGAUUUUGUUAACGACACAUGGGAUAUUUACGAUAAUUUACCAGAACCAAGGUAUUGCAUGGGCGUUGUAGUCCACGAAGGGGUGAUUUAUUUAGCAGGGGGUUCCACUAAUGAGGCCAGAUACACCAGCGAUUUUGUUGGUUUUAAUUUUAGGGACCGCGUUUGGGUAACUUUGGCCCCUUUGCUACAAAUAAAGAGCCAAUUAAGUUUAGCAGUACAAAAUGACGUUUUGUACGCGAUAGGAGGAUGUAACGACAGUGGGGAUUUAAAAACUGCAGAAAGUUAUUCUUUUCAAAACGUAUUAUUAUUAUUAUUAUUGUUAUUGUUUGAAUUUAUAAUUGGGAUGUGCCUGGUAGUGCCGUCUUUAGAGGAAGGGGACCAUNCCCAAAUCGCAACCCUGUACGGCAAUAUUUACGCUAUAGGUUCGGACAGUACCUGUUCCUACUGUUACAUGUAUAACACAAACGAAAAUUUGUGGAUUAAAAAGUCGAAUUUAAUGUUACCUAGAUGCGAAUUUGGUUUGUGUUCGUUAAAAAACACCCUGUGUGCAAUUGGGGGAUGGACCAGGGGCGAAAUCGACCAAACAAUAGAGACUUACGAUUUUGUUAACGACACAUGGGAUAUUUACGAUAAUUUACCAGAACCAAGGUAUUGCAUGGGCGUUGUAGUCCACGAAGGGGUGAUUUAUUUAGCAGGGGGUUCCACUAAUGAGGCCAGAUACACCAGCGAUUUUGUUGGUUUUAAUUUUAGGGACCGCGUUUGGGUAACUUUGGCCCCUUUGCUACAAAUAAAGAGCCAAUUAAGUUUAGCAGUAGAAAAUGACGUUUUGUACGCGAUAGGAGGAUGUAACGACAGUGGGGAUUUAAAAACUGCAGAAAGUUAUUCUUUUCAAAACAAACAAUGGACAAAAUUACCAUUAAUGAAAAUACCAAGAAAUAGAGCUAUAGCUGUUUCAAUUGAUGGAUUAGUUUAUGUGAUUGGAGGUGAAAAAGACAGUUGCACCAAUUUAUAUCGAGCACAAUGCAACGUUUCGUCUGUAGAAUGUUUCAAUCCUCUGACCAAUAUGUGGUACGAACGUGCUUCUUUAUUUGACUGUAAAGCUGCCACUGUUGUAUAAAAUAAAGUGGUUUCUAUCAAAA